UCAUAAGAAUUUUCUAUGCUAUCUCUCUGAUUUUUUGCCUUUCUACGGUCUCCAAAGAUGGGCAACGUUGACUUUCUGUCUUCCCUUCUUCUGGUGGCAUUCCUGCUUGCUGGUGGUGUGUGUGCACAUGACCAUCAGGGCAUUGGUGUGUAUGAGCUCAGGAGCGGGUACUUCACCGUGCAGUUCACGAACUAUGGCGCAACCAUGCUCUCUCUUGUUCUCCCCGAUAAGAACGGUAAAUGGGAUGAUGUCGUUCUUGGGUUCGAUUCGCUCGAGAGCUACAAGAAUGAUACUACCUACUUUGGAGCCGUAGUCGGACGUGUUGCCAACAGGAUCGGAGGGGCUCGGUUCACUCUGAAUGGGACUGUCUACAAAUUGGUAGCCAAUGAUGGCAAUAACACUCUUCAUGGUGGCAGCAAAGGGUUCUCCGAUGUUAUCUGGAGUGUGCAUAGUUAUGACACAGAGAGUCAUGUUACAUUUACUUAUGACAGCUAUAAUGGUGAACAAGGCUUUCCCGGUGAUCUGUCUGUAUACGUCACCUACAUGCUCAUUGGGAACAACAAGUUAGGAGUCAAACUGGAGGCCAAGGCACUCGACAAGUCGACUCCGGUGAAUCUCGCCCUUCACACCUACUGGAACCUCGCAGGCCAAAACAGCGGCAACAUCCUCUCUCACGAUAUCCAACUUUUCGGGUCGAAAGUCAGUCCAGUUGACGAUACUCUUAUACCCACGGGUGAAAUCCGCGACAUCCGAGGAUCGCCGUACGACUUCCUAGAACCUCGCACGAUCGGGAGCCGGAUCAAUGAGCUUCCCUAUGGGUAUGACAUUAACUACGUGCUAGAUGACACCGGAACCAAGCACUUGAAGAAGGUCGCCGUGGUGCAAGAUAACCUCUCAGGGAGGAAGUUGGAACUGUGGAGCAAUCAACCCGGAGUGCAGUUUUACACAAGCAAUCAGCUUGAUCACGUGGUAGGGAAAGGCGGAUUUGUUUACAUGAAAUACGCCGGUCUUUGCUUGGAGACUCAGGGCUUCCCAGAUGCAGUGAAUCACCCAAAUUUCCCCUCGCAGAUAGUGAAUCCCGGACAGCAUUAUGAGAAUGUCAUGGUCUAUAGGUUCACAGCUUAUUAAAAUCCAGCUUGGUUAGAAGUUGUUUUUUGAGACAUUCUCAGGACCAGUAACUUUUCCCAUUAUUUCCUUGUCGAUGUUAUCGACCUAUCGCGAGCCAUAUAUUUAUGUUCAUUUCUGGCGGAGAGCGAUGGUUAUAUGCAUUCAGGAAGAAUAUUUGCUA